GGCUUGUGCAACUGUGAGCUUGGAGCCGCGCAGCCAAGGCUACAACACGGCCUCGUCGAAAUUGUUACGGUCUGUCUCGAACACACCAAGCUUCUUGUCCCGCCAAACGCGACGUUUACAACAUCUUCAACUGGUCACGACACCUGCUGAAAGCAGUCACUACGAUUCCCAUUCGUCCCGUCGCGAACUCGACUACGUCAAGAUGACUGGCCGCGGAGGAGGUGGGCGCAAGGUGCUACUGCCGCCCAUUAACUUCAUCUUCAAGCUCCUCCAGUCGCACGCGACUGUCAAGAUCUGGCUCUACGAGCAGUUGGCAAUACGGAUUGAGGGAAAGAUCAGGGUAUGUGGGAAUUCCACCGUGAUGGUGCGGUCAUGGCUGACCGCUUGGCAGGGAUUCGACGAGUACAUGAACCUGGUUGUCGAUGAUGCGGUUGAAGUAAAGCAGAUCACCAAGACGAACUCGGAGGAGAAGAGAAGACCAUUGGGACAAAUCUUGUUGAAGGGAGACAAUGUAUCACUGAUCCAAGAGGCAAUCUGAAAAGGGGGCCAGAACUGGCGUACGAGGUAGGCACCAGUGAAAUCUGGCAGGGUUCUUCACGAA